AUGCUCGUGUGUGAGCUAGCGUGCUUCUUUGUUGUGUCAUGGCAACCGAACACGAUAAAUUCUUUGUUGUGUGUGAGCUCAACGGCAAUGCAGUAUAGCGUCUGCAACUCCACCAUGAAAGGCUGGCCAGUGUCGCCGCUUUUUCCCUGCGUUCUUCUCUUCCUGACGUUCUUGUUCGCUUCGUCUGUCGCGGAGCCGGUGGCCAUGCGCGCCGAUCUUACACACGUGGACAGCGGCCGCGGCUUCACCAAGCACGAGCUCCUCAGCCGGAUGGCCGCCCGGUCCAAGGCCCGCAUGGCGACCCUACGCUCGUCGGGCAGCGCCCCGGCGGUGACCGUGCCAGUAGCCCGGGGCGGCUUGGACGUGGGUUUUUCCGAGUACCUCGUCCACUUGGGCGUCGGCACGCCGCGCCCGCAGCGCGUGGCGCUGACGCUGGACACCGGCAGCGACCUCGUCUGGACGCAGUGCGCUUGCGCGGCCUGCUUCGACCAGCCGUUCCCGGUCCUCCGCGCCUCCGCCUCCAGCACCUUUCGCCGCGUCCCGUGCUCCGACCCUCUCUGCGGUCACGCCGUGUACCUCCCGGUCUCCGGGUGCGCCGCCAGAGACAGGUCCUGCUUAUACGCCUACGGCUACGGCGACAAUUCGGUCACCACUGGCAAGGUCGUCGAGGACACUUUCACAUUCAAUGCUCUCGGGGGCAAGAAGCACGCCGCCGUGGCCGUGCCCAACCUCCGGUUUGGCUGCGGCAUGCUCAACGUCGGCCUCUUCAAGUCGAACGAGUCCGGCAUCGCCGGCUUCGGGCGCGGCCCGUUGUCGCUGCCGUCGCAGCUCAAGGUCGGCAGGUUCUCCUACUGCUUCACGGCCAUCAUAGAGUCGAGGACCAGCCCGGUGUUCCUUGGCGGCGGGCCGGACAACCUUGAAGCUCAUGCCACGGGGCCCAUUCAGUCCACCCCGUUCGCCCCAGGCCCUGCGGGUGCGCCUGUGGGUAGCUCGCCAUUCUACUACCUUUCCCUCAGAGGAGUCACCGUCGGCAAGACGCGGCUGCCGUUCAACGCGUCGGCGUUCGCGCUCAAGGGCGAUGGCUCCGGCGGGACGAUCAUCGACUCCGGCACGGCCAUCACGACCUUCCCACAGGCCGUGUUCCAGAGCCUCCGUGAAGCGUUCGUGGCGCAAGUACAGCUACCUGUCGCCAACGGCUACACCGACGCCGACGGCAGGCUGUGCUUCUCCCUCCCGGCGAUGAAGAAGGCGCCCGCCGUGCCGAAGCUGAUCCUCCACCUGGAGGGUGCAGACUGGGACCUUCCACGGGACAACUACGUGCUGGAUAACGACGACGACGGCACCGGCGCGGGCAGGGAGCUGUGCGUGGUGAUAUCUUCGGCGGGCAAGAGCGACCAGACAACCAUCGGCAACUUCCAGCAGCAGAACACGCACAUCGUCUACAACCUGGAGAGCGACAAGAUGGUCUUUGCGCCUGCGCGCUGCGACAAGCUCUGA